CAAACAUUGAAGUUUGUGCUACUUUUAUUAGUGAAACAAAUAAAAUCCUUUUACAGUAAAUUCAAUUAUACCAAAGAAACAUCAAUACUAGUCUUUGAUUAUACGAUAAUAUGGCUGAGUUACAAAAUGGUCUUCUACCUCCUGGAUGGGAUUGUAAAAAAGAUGAAAGAACAGGAAAAUUUUACUAUGUGAAUCAUUAUACAAAAACGACUACUUGGGAAGAUCCAAGAAUUAGACACAGACAUUUGCAAAACACUCCUCGCCAUAACCAGAAUGUACAAAAUGAAUACAUACCAUUACAGGAAAUGAGCAGACCAAAGAUGAGUCCUCUUUCAGUAAGGUCACCAAAGAUAGUAGAUAGUUCUCUUACAACAUCUUCAGAAAAAGUAGACGAAACUGUAGCAAAAGUUUCAGCUAUGUUUCCUACUGUUCCUGAAACUCACAUCAGAAUGUUAUUGAAAAAUUGCAGGUAUAUGAAAUCCAUUUUUCCUCAAGCAGAUGAGAUGAUUAUAUUGGACAUUCUGCAAAACAAUGAAAAUAAUAUUCAAAAGGCUUCGGAUAGUCUAAAAGACAUGGGCUUUGAAAGGAAAGAUACUGUUAAAGUAGCGCAACAAAAGUUAGAAACUAGAUUAGAGUUGGAACGGAGAGAAGAAGAAAGCAAAAAUAUUGCCGCUGCUCCUCCUGUGCCGCCUCGUAUUAAAACUGCUGAAGAAAAACAAAGAGUCAAAGAAACUCUUCAAGAAAAAUACAAAGACGUUGCCGAGCAUUUGAUUUGCAUAGCGCUUGAAAGCGUUAAUUUUGACGAAGAAAGAGCCAACCAAAUUUUGCAAAUAAUGAUUCAAGAAGAUAAAGCCAGCACCAAUGGCAAUAAUAAGGAAGAAGAAACUGAUCCUCUAGAAGCUCUAGAGACUCUAAAUCAGCCAUCUACUUCGAGCGCUACAGAUUUACCUGUAUCUCAAAGUAGACAGUCUCUAAAAUCCUUGUUGAAGACAGAAAAGGAACUGGAUAAAACCAGUUUUUCAAGAGUCAUCGAAGAUGAUAAAUCUUUGUUCAAGUCAUCUAAUUUGUCAAACACUCGAGGUCCAAACUCUGAAUACGUUAGAGGAGCUAAUGAGAAACUUCUCUUGGAAGAUUAUGUGAAAUGGCAGGGUCCCAAUUCCACAUACAAUCAGGGCCCAAGAAAAUUAGCCAAAGGAUCGAAUCCAUCGUUAUUGGCUGAUAGAACUUACAAACCAUGCGGACCUAAUAGGAAUUUAAUCAAAGGUCCUCAAUGGGGCUUAUCCAAAGGCAGUAUAUUCUCGCAAUUCAAGGCUGCUGUUGUCGUUGUGGGGGAAUCUCGAGGAGAAUAGCAAUAUCGAUGUUGUAUUCUGUAAAUAUUCGACUUAUUUUAUUAUUGUUGACUUUUUUUAAUAUUACAAUGUUUAUUUAGUUGUGAAAAGAUUUUUAUCUUUCAGUUAAUUAGACUUUUUCAACAUUUCAAAAAUGUUUAUAUUAUUAAGAUUUUUUAAUUGUUGAAAAAUAACUAUUUUUUUUAAUUUGUUAUUUAAUUGAUUGUGUUCAUUAGUUUUUAAUUGUGCCGAGGAGAAAGUUUUAUUAUGCAACUUUGACUUCUAAAUGAGUUGUUUAUUAAUUUUCUUACUUUUUUGUUAGUGUCAUACAGUUCUUUCAUCGGUUGUUUACACAUGCGGCAUAACGAAUAUUUUUUAUUUAUUUGAUAUUAAUAAUUUACAAUCUACUCAAUCACAACGUUGUUUAUCGAAUAUUCUUGGUAAUAACGAGAAAAUGGAGGCUGCAAAGGUCCAAAUAAGGAAUUAGAGCAGGACCGGAUUGGUCGAAAAUGGCUCGCAUUACAUUCAUUUUACAGUUUUAAAUAAGGAAAUGAAUAGAUAAAAAUUAAAUAUUUUUACUCUCGAAAUUUUGGUCACCCUGUAUCUUCGAAACAAACUGCGUUUUCAAAAAUCAUCAAAUAAAAUAUUCUUAGAAUAGUCCAAGGAAUAACCCCUUGCAUUUUUGUCGCAUGUUUAUCAAACCCUGUAUAAAAAGUGUGCAUUUUAUAUAAUAUAUUAAUGACGCAUGUGCAAAAAACCUCUGGACGAAAGUCAUUGCCGUACCUGUUUUAAAUUAAAAAUAAACGAAUAUCUAUUUUCUGAUAAAAAUCUAUUUACUAGUCAAAUAGAUUCAAAGUAGAAUUAAAUAUGUAGGUCGGUGUAUUAAAUACUGUUAAACAUAUGUAUUUGUAGCUCCUGAUGUUCAGAUUAACCUUUUUAAAUUUUGAUAGGAUUUUAUUACACUGAAAAACACACAUUUGAUCUUACUGGUUAUACAAAUAUAUGGAAUAUCCCAGAUAAAAUACUAAAAGACAUAAAAUUUUGUGAGAUAUUCACACCGCUAUAUUAAUUUAGAUAAUAUGUUAGGGAUAACAACCGCAUAAUUUUAACAGUUGAUUAAUGAUACAAAAGGCAGCAAAAGUCUUAUAAUAGUUUUCGAUCCUUAAUUCGUAAGAUUAUAGGUCUAAAAGCAUCUGAACUCUGAAACUUAUAGCCUAACUUGAGAACUUUUGCUUAUGCUUGGUAUUUUGUUGUUAAUAAAUUAUGUGAAACCGAUUUUAAUAAAUUAUAACUUUCACUUUUUAUAAUAUUAACUGUCUUAAAUAAAAAGAAAGGUUUACAAUAACGAUUGUUACUUUAGUAAUACAAUAACACUACAAAAACUGAUAAAAAGAUAUAUGUAAACAAAAUACUAGAUUCUUGUAAGAAGUUAUGAAAUAUCGUGCCAAAAAAGAAGAAUUUACGAUUAUUACAGUAUGAUCAUUGACCUUUAACUGGUAACUACUUUUAAUUAUAUAAAUGGUACACAUGACUUUCCUAUCUAGUUAUUACAAGAUUUUUCCGGUUAUUUUGUACAACCUAUUUCAUCACCUCUGUAAAUGUUUAGAGAAAUCAGGUAAAAAACCAAAAUUACAGAUAUCGAUAUCGCAAACAACUUUUGGUUUCUUAAAAAUCAGAAUUUUCUACAUUUUGUCAAAUUUCUCGAAUACGGACCAUUUCAGGAAAAUUUUGUAUAAAACAAAAAUUAUAGAGAAUAAUAUUAAAAGUAACUUUUGGUUUACAACUUUUAGAAAUUAUAUUUCACACACCAGAAAAUAUGACAAUCAUACCAUAAGAAAAGUACAAAUAAUAAUUCUUAAAUAUUUCACUUUUCUUCUAACUUUUAUUUUGAAAGUGACAAAACGAACGAUAUUAGAUCAAAUAAAUAAUUUGUAACAAGAUACGACGACAAGGAUCCAAAUUAUUUCCCUAACUUUCAUUAUUUCAUAAUUAUUUAAAUAUGUUUUGAAAGAGAACUAUAAAAAAGUUUGUAGAAAGUUGAGUACACUUAAGCUCACAGACCUGUGUUUAUGUUAAACAUAUUAUUGAGCAUUUUCGCGAUUUCCAAGUAGAUGUAUGGGUAC